AUGGGAAGAGCUCCAUGCUGUGAGAAAAUGGGGUUGAAGAAAGGACCAUGGACUCCAGAAGAAGAUAGAAUCCUCAUCAAUCACAUUAACACUUUUGGUCAUUCCAAUUGGCGUGCUCUUCCCAAACAAGCUGGUUUGUUGAGAUGUGGAAAGAGUUGUAGAUUGAGAUGGGCAAAUUAUUUGAAACCGGAUAUCAAACGUGGUAAUUUCACCAAAGAAGAAGAGGAUGCAAUUAUCAAUUUGCAUCACACGUUGGGAAAUAGAUGGUCAGCUAUAGCAGCAAGAUUACCUGGCCGAACAGACAACGAGAUCAAAAACGUAUGGCACACACAUUUGAAGAAGAGGCUGCCACAAAACCAACAACCCAACAAUGAAAUCUCAAAACAAAAUAAAAAACAAGAACAAAAUGAUGAUCAGAAGUCACAAUGUUCUAGUGACAUUUCAUCCCAUAAUAAUAAUAAUAAUAAUAAUAAUAAUAAUAGUAUUAGUAGUAGCGUUGUUACUACUAAUAAUCAUGAUAAUAGUAACAAUAACGAUGAUGUUGACUCGGCUGAAAAUAGUUUUGCAUUGGAUGAUGAUUUCUGGUCGGAAGUUUUGUCGUCUAAUAAAUCUAACAAUGAGACAAAUGGUGUUAUGGACAUUGGUGCUGAUGAUUAUGAAUUUCAAGUUGGUGAUGAAGGUGUGUUUAGUUCUAGUUCAUUGAGUUUAUGUUAA